AUGGCAUUGCAUUCUCUUGGUUUCAAAGGAUCUAAAACAGACCCGUCUCUGUUUAUUUAUUCCUCCAAGGGAACUUUAUUAUACAUGUUGGUUUAUGUUGAUGAUAUCAUUCUUACAGGGAACAAUCCUAGUCUAAUUGAUCAGGUUAUUCACAGUUUGGGUACGACAUUUGCUAUUCAGGACUUGGGAUCUCUUUCUUAUUUUUUGGGCGUUGAGGUUGUUCAUCAGGGUUCAAAUCUGAUUCUUUCUCAGCAAAAGUAUAUCUUGGAAUUGCUUCAACGAGCGGGCUUGUCACAUGCUAAAUCGGUCACAUCCCCGAUUACCACUACUGCCCAUUUAUCUCUUGGUGACAGUCCUUUGUAUGAGAAUCCAGUUCGCUAUCGUCAGGUUGUGGGUGCUCUACAGUACGUUACUAUCUCUCGCCCAGACAUCACUUUUGCUGUUAACAAGGUUUGUCAGUUUAUGCAUUCCCCAACUGAAAACCAUUGGUCGGCCGUCAAACGAAUUCUUCGUUAUCUUCAGGGCACGUUCACUUAUGGACUCUUAAUCCAACAGACUUCGGGGUCUACACUACAUGCCUAUACUGAUGUGCAUAACUCAUCUCUGAAUGCCUUUUCGGAUGCGGACUGGGCUGGUUGUCCCGAUGACCGUCGAUCCACCGGGGGAUUUGCCAUAUAUCUCGGUUCUAAUCUUAUUUCAUGGUCAGCUAGGAAACAACGAACUGUCUCUCGGUCAUCAACUGAAGCUGAGUACAAAGCUUUAGCCGACACAGUUGCUGAACUCACCUGGCUUGAAGCUCUUCUUCAAGAAUUACAGGUUCCUAUGACAUCGGUUCCUGUUUUGUGGUGUGAUAACUUAGGUGCUACAUACUUAUCUGCAAAUCCUAUUUUUCAUGCUCGCACGAAACAUGUUGAGGUUGAUUUUCACUUUGUUAGAGAAAAGGUUGCUAAAGGAAAACUCUCCGUCCAAUUCAUCUCUACGCAUGAUCAGAUUGCAGAUAUUUUUACCAAGCCACUAUCGUCACAACGAUUUGCUGAUUUACGGUCCAAGCUGCAGGUCGUUACUCGGCCUUAG